UAAACUUCAUAAUUCUCAAAAUUCUGACCCUUUGUUUUUUUUAUUAACAGCAUUUACUUUUACUUUUACUUUCAAUACUUAAGUACAUUUAAUAUCAGAAAAUUACUUUUGAUACUUAAGUACAAAAAAAAUCAGAUACUUUAAUACUUUUACUCAAGUAGUAUUCUCAUAGGUGACUUUUACUUUUACUUGAGUAAUUUUCCAGUCAAGUAUCUUUACUUUUACUCAAGUAUGACUUUUGGGUACUUUAUACACCACUGCAUUCGGGUCAAAUCCACAGAACAAGAGAGAGAGAGAGAGAGAGAGAGAGAGAGAGAGAGAGAGAGAGAGAGCUCUGUUGUCCCUCAGACAUGAAGAGUUACUGACUGCUGACCCCUGGUGGUGACAACAGGUAAAUGCACCAGAAUAUAACGAGUAGAAAAGACACACAAACACGUUUCAAUGUAAAAUAGCUUUGAACCUGUCAAAUUAAACUGAAAUUAUUUCAAAUCAAGAUUUCUUGUUCAGUAUAAAAACCAGAUGUGUGUCUCUUAACACGGUCCUCCUUUGACCCAAGCCCGUUGGUUCCUACUGAUCCAUUCAGUAAUAAUCAGGAGGAAUGUGUUUACAUUCUUUACUUGAUGGGACAAAGUAUGGAUUCAUUAAAUAAAGUCGGACAGAUUUCAGUUUCCUUAAGGAAUAAGCAGCAAGCCAAAGAAACGGUGACAUCCAGCUCGAGCUUCACGUUGAUCACGUGUUGGUGACGUCAGAGCAGGCGGGCUCACGUCGGACACGCACCCCCCGCGCAUGCGUAGUGCGCAGGUGGACUCUGCGGCUCCUCUCCAGCGAGCCUCUGUGUUGUCUCCGUGUCUCCAGGAGAAAUGCUGAGACUGUUGGUGAAGCAGCAAGUCGACGCGGUCGUUGAAGAGGCUUUUGUGCUGUUGGACACAUUAACAGCAGCUUAUGAGGACACCGUGUCUCGUCUAGGAGAACAUGAGCUACACACAUCAGAUGUUCCCCCUGAGGGCCUGGACCAGGGCCCGGAGGACCCGGAGCCCCUUCACAUGAAAGAGGAGCCGGAGCCCCUCCACAUAAAAGAGGAGCCGGAGCCCCUCCACAUGAAAGACCUGCAGGAUCUCUGGACCCGUCUAGAGGGAGAUCAGCUCAUUGUGCUGCAGGAGGCCGAUAUCGCCAAGUUCUCAUCCAUUGUUGUUACUUUGAAGAGUGAAGAUGACGAACCUCAGACCUCACAGCUUCAUCAAAGCCAGACAGAGGACGACAGAGAGGCGGAGCCUCCUGCCGGCAGCUCAGCUACACCGAUAGAAACAGAAAUGGAUGGAGAGGACUGUGGGGGAUCAGGACCAGCCUGGAACCUAAAUCCACUUAGUCUUUCACAUCCAAAUGCUGAUGAUGAAAAGGCUUCAGGAUCUUCUGAGACUGAAGUCAUUCAUGGGGAUUGGCAAGAACCGUUGUCAAAUUCUGGACCUGAAAGUGAAGACGGGGAUGAUAUCUGGAAGGAGACCAGGGAAUCCUUCAGCUUCUUCAAGUGUAGUACACGGUGUUACUACAAGGGGUUUCUGCAGAAACACAUGAGGUGUCAUUUUGGAAAAAUAUCCUCCAGCUAUUUGGUUAGAAAGAAAUGUUUUAGAGAGAAGCCAAAGAAAGAAUCACGGCCAAUAGGUCUAACAGGAGAGAAACCAUUUAGUUGUGAUGUUUGUGGGAUGAAAUGUCCAACCCAGGAAUCUCUGAAGAGACACAUUAGAGUCCACACAGGAGAGAAACCAUUUAGUUGUGAUGUUUGUGGGAUGAAAUGUACAACCCAGGAAUCUCUGAAGAGACACAUUAGAGUCCACACAGGAGAGAAACCAUUCAGUUGUGAUGUUUGUGAGAAAAGAUUUACACAACAGGGCUUGCUGAAGACACAUAUGAGAGUCCACACAAGAGGGAAACCAUUCAGUUGUGAAGUUUGUGGGAAAAGAGUCGCAGGCCAGGGACAUUUAAAGUCACACAUGACAGUCCACACAGGAGAGAAACCAUUCAGUUGUGAUGUUUGUGGGAAAAGAUUUACAGCACAGGGAAGCGUGAAGACACACAUGAGAGUCCACACAGGAGAGAAACCAUUCAGUUGUGAUGUUUGUGGGAAAAGAUUUACAGUACAUGGAAGUGUGAAGACACACAUGAGAGUCCACACAGGAGAGAAACCAUUCAGUUGUGAUGUUUGUGGGAAAAGAUUUGCAGUACAGGGACAUUUAAAGUCACACAUGAGAGUCCACACAGGAGAGAAACCAUUCAGUUGUGAUGUUUGUGGAACAAGAUUUACAGGCAAGGAACAUCUGAAGGUACACAUGAGAGUCCACACAGGAAAAAAACCAUUCAGCUGUGACGUUUGUGGGAAAAGAUUUACAGCACAUGGAAGUGUGAAGACACACAUGAGAGUCCACACAGGAGAGAAACCAUUCAGUUGUGAUGUUUGUGGGAAAAGAUUUGCAGUACAGGGACAUUUAAAGUCACACAUGAGAGUCCACACAGGAGAAAAACCAUUCAGCUGUGACGUUUGUGGGAAAACAUUUACAGAACAGGCAAGUGUGAAGACACACAUGAGAGUCCACACGGGAGAGAAACCAUUCAGUUGUGAUGUUUGUGGGGAACGAUUUUCAGAACGGCGACAGCUGAAGAGACACAUGAGAGUCCACAUGGGAGAGACCAUUUGAAAUUAAUGUAAAAUGUUUUCACGGCUGAGUGUCGGCUGAAUGCUGUGGUCCGGCUUGAUGCAGCCAAAUGUGAGCCAGCUGUGGCGCAUUUAAUUUGAGCCAUAUAUGUGUGUGUGUCUGUUCUGUAUUUCUAGUCCUGUUAUAAUCUAAUAUAGUUUGUAAAAGUUGA